AUGAGUUUCCAAGGCUCAAGUAGUCCUAUACGAUCUCACGAAGAUCGCUAUGCUUCGCAUUCGAAUACAAGGGACGAUGAUGACAACGAUGAGAUCGAGUCUCGUCAUUCUGGACAGAAUACCGAUUUCUCAGAGGCAGCUUAUUUCGUCGAAGCUGAACGAACGUAUAACAAUGCUUCUUGGCGACAAGAUAGAUUACAUUAUAUCCUACUUGGCAUUUUACCUGGUUUAUAUCGAGGACCAGUCGAACAGAUAUUGAAGAACGAUCGAAGUAGAAGGAAAAGAAUCUUGGAUAUAGGUUGUGGCACUGGGUUGUGGAUCCAAGAAAUGGCGGAACUCUUCCAGCAUGUCGAUUAUAUAACGCCUUUCCAGCAUGAUUCGCAGUUUCGGAAUUGCACCUUCAUGCAAGUCAAUGCACCCUCUGGCUUGAGGACGUUUGGGAACGGGUCUUUUGACGUUGUACAUAUACGUCAGAUGGUACAUGCUACGAACGACUAUCCCAGUAUCAUCCGAGAGGCUCAUCGAUUACUUCGUCCCGGUGGGAUACUGUUAGUCCACGAGCCCCAGAUGCAACUUCACAGCGCUUGGGAGGGGUUUGGUCCGAAAGAUUUGGCCCCAUGUCUGGCUCAGAUGAUAUCUUAUAUCGAAGCUGCUUGCCGUUACAGAGGAAUAGAUACCGAGUUAUUCGGCAGGAUAGAUCAGGUGCUGGCUGAGGCUGGAUUUGACCCCGAUGGGAUCGAUGUGUACUAUCACUAUAGACACGCGUGUCCAGAUGAUCCACAGAGUGAAGUAGGCAUGAACGAAAUCACGCACGCGAUCAACGAGGAUGAGUUCGAUCGAUUGAUGCCUGGCGUGUUGGAUGAGGUUAGCGGUAGAUCGGGAGGGAUAGCUGGUCCAUUAGGGGCUCAAGGGCUGUUGAGUCCUUGGGGUUAUUGGUGGGUCAUCAAGGGGGCUUGA